AGAAACAAAUUCUGCAACGUUCACGUGCAGAUGUAAACGUUUGGGAAGAGAAAGAAAAACAAAAUUUCAGCCUGAAAAAAUUGAGAGAGAAACUAAAUCAGCAUGCGUCAUUCUCCUCUUACUUCAGCACAAGGACAGUGGUUUUUCAAGCCGUAAACAGAUGGAGAUGGAACAUUCAACGUGUUCUGGCCUCUUUUGGGGAGCGAUGUGCAUUGCGAUCCUUCUUCUCGGCUCGCCUCCCCCAAGUUCUGCAGAUACGUCGGAGCUGGGCAGAUAUUUCAGAUCAGUCAAGUCGCCCGCAUUUCAGAAUGAAACGGCAUAUUCUAAUGGCGGCCGGCGAAAUAAUGUUAUCGUUCAGCAAGGAAUCACGAUGCCAUUUUGUAACAUGUUCGGCUGCGAAAUGGGCGUGACACAGCAGCAACAUAAAUGUGAUCCUGGCUAUAAAUGGGAUGCGAGUUUCAACCGUUGCAGGCAGAUAUUGUAAACUAUCCUAAAUGUUAUUACCAUAAAUCUGUGAAGAGUGAAAUAAAGGGGGGGGAUAAUUAUUUCAGGUGAUCAAUUUAUUUUUCAGGGAAAAAAGCUCUGUAAUAUAAAGUAUUUUUGUUAUGAAAAUAUCUUUUGUUUGGAAUGGCUAAUAAAACCAAAUGAAUUUAUCUUUUGAAA